AACUUUUUUCUUCUAUCAAACUAAAGAUCUGAAGACUGAAGAUGACAACGAACAGGAUGAAAAGCAGCGCAGCGCUUUGCGUAUUAAACGGACACACUCAGAAGUCUAAAGAAGUGGAGGAACGGGGCCACUGGGGGACCAAGGCGGAGUUCAUCCUCACCGUGAUGGGGGCAAUUAUCGGCCCUGGGAAUAUUUGGAGGUUUCCAUAUCUUUGCUACAAGAACGGAGGCGGUGUGUUUUUCAUCCCAUACACCGUGUUCAUAUUUACGUGUGGAAUACCCUUGUUCUUUCUUGAGACUGCGUUAGGGCAGUACACCAGCCAGGGGGGAAUCACAUGCUGGCGGACGAUUUGUCCGCUUUUUCAAGGCAUUGGUUAUGCCAGUCACCUUAUUAUUGCAUUCAGCGCCACUUCAUACAUCAUAAUCCUUGCUUGGGCGUUUUUUUACCUGUUCUCCUCCUUCAGCUCAGACCUGCCAUGGGCUUCAUGUGGGAAUUACUGGAACUCAGACUCAUGCUUCGACAACCGUCUGAAUCUGAGCCUGGAAUCACGACUGAACACUACGCUUCCAGUUGUAGAGUUCUGGCAACAUCGAGUUUUAAAGAUCUCUGGUGGGAUCGAGGAGGUGGGAGGGCUGAGGUGGGAGCUGGCGCUGUGCCUCAUCCUGAGCUGGAUCAUCUGCUACUUCUGCAUCUGGAAAGGAAUCAAGUCAACAGGAAAGGCAGCGUACUUCACAGCUACCUUCCCUUAUGUCAUGCUGUUUAUUCUGCUGAUACGAGGCGUGACCCUCCCAGGAGCUCUGGAUGGGAUCAUUUAUUAUCUCUACCCUGACAUCUCUCGCCUCUCAGAUCCCCAGGUCUGGAUGGAUGCUGGUACUCAGAUCUUCUUCUCCUAUGCAAUCGGCCUUGGUUUCCUCACUUCUCUGGGGAGUUAUAACUCCUUCAACAAUGACUGUUACAGGGACUGUUUCUACUUGUGUCUGCUGAACAGCGCCACUAGCUUUGUGGCUGGCUUUGCCAUUUUCUCCGUUUUGGGCUUCAUGACUUAUGAACAAGGCCUGGACGUUUCUGAAGUAGCAACAUCAGGCCCUGGGUUGGCAUUCAUUGUGUUUCCGCGCGCCGUGGCCAUGAUGCCGAUGCCUCAGGUGUGGUCGGUGUGUUUCUUCCUCAUGAUCAUUCUGCUUGGACUAGACAGCCAGUUUGUUGGUAUAGAGUGUGUGAUGACGUCUCUGGUCGAUCAUUUCCCUUCUUACCUGCAUCAAGGCUACAGGCGGGAGCUGCUUCUGCUUGUUAUGUCCUGUAUCUUCUGCAUGCUUGGAUUCUUACUUGUCACUGAGGGUGGGAUUUACCUGCUGCAGCUGUUGGACCACCAUGUCUGCAGCGGCUCCACCCUGCUGAUCCUCUCCUUCUGCCAGUCUGUCAGCAUUGGCUGGGUCUACGGUGCAGACCGUUUCAACGAUAACAUCAAGGAGAUGAUUGGCUAUCAUCCAUUUCCUUUCAUGAAGUACUGCUGGCAGUACAUCACUCCUCUGGUUUGCUUUGGAACCUUCAUCUUCUCGAUUAUCAAAUAUACUCCACUGAAGUUCAGUAACUCCUACGUUUAUCCGCUUUGGGCAAAUGUCCUGGGAUGGUUUUUUGCCACAGUUUCUCUUUCACUCAUCCCACUGUUUGUGGUUUUUAAAUUAAUCAAAGGCCAAGGCACCCUCCGACAGCGGUUCCUAUCGCUCUGCAAGCCCGUCGCUACCUUCAACCAAAUCCGCAGCACUUCCACACCGGAAAGUGACAGCAGCGCUCCGUACACAGAGCUCAAACCUCUGACCCAGACGGCCGGACUCACUCAAUUAGAACCAACAAACUGCUCAGCCGAGAGGCUGACCGUCUACUAGCAGAGAGAUCCAGGUCUGAGUCACUGAAUGUUCUGACAACAAAUUCCUCCAAUCCAAACCUGGAGAGGAUCCAUCCAGGUCCACGAUCCACCUUCAGCCACAACUCAAGAAUAUUUUAUAUCUAUAUUGUUUUCUGAGAAAGUGUACUUUCUGUAUAUAUUUUCAUACAUAUAUUUUUAUAUAUAUUCAUAUAUGUCAUCAUUUGAGCUGCAGGGUUUGCUGUACAUGAACAAGAAGACAAAGAAGUAACCAAACGAAGCAAAUUAUAAGGGACAUUCGGUGUAAAUAUCCAGUCAAAUAUGGGUUAUAGAUUUAGCUGUUUUAAGUAUGAUUAUUCAUAUCAGCUUUGAACACAGAAUACUUCACAUUUAAACAGCUUUAUUAGGAGAUGUUUAAGACAAGCCUGUAUCAUCUGACCUUAUCCAAUGUUCAGAAUCCCUUCAUCAUUUUCACAUUUUGUCUGAACUAAAAUUGUUUUUCUUUGUUUUCAAAAAGGCUCAACCUCAGUCGGAUUGGUUGGAUCACAUCUGUUAACAUCAACUCUUGCACAAAUCUCCAAAUGCAUUUAGUUCUAAACUUUGACUGGGCCAUUCUCAGACAUAAAAACAAGCAUAAUCAAGGAGAGAGACAUGCCCAAACUUGUAAUGUUCAUUUAUAUUCUAAUCCUGCUUAAACUUGAUCUUAUUUUAUCUCAGGGUUGUCUGCUGUGUUUUUGGGUUUAAUGAGGUUUUUCUGUUCACUAAAGUUGUCUAAAAAGCCUCUGAAAACUUCACAGAUUAAUAUUUCAUUUUCUAAUUAGAGGAGUCCUGAAUGCAGUCAGGUGCUCUGGAGUUUAUUUUGGGGUCUCAGAGUGAAGAGGGGCAAAUAGAAAAAUUUAUCAAAUUUCCUCCUACCUCUGAAAAUGUGGCAAAAUGUGAAAACCCUCAACAGAUGUGAAUAUUUUUGUAGGGCACUGAGCAGAAGAUGUUUUUUUUUUCUAGAAUCACUCAUGCUAAAGCAUUAUUAUUACAUGUGAAGCAUUCCGCAGCAGCAAACCUAAAUAUUAUCCAACCAAUUGUUAGAAUGCAUCAGUGCCUUAAUGCUUUCACACUUUGAUCUGUCAGUCAGGCACCACGUUAAUAAAAUAUCUCUUUCAUCUGCCCCACACUGGAGCCAUCUGAACUCUGCAGAAGCUCCGUUACAUCUCUAAUGCAGUGGAGCACAUGGAGUCAUGAAGGCUCAGUCACGUACCACAUUCCAGGUGUACACGAGCCCCAACAUGUUCACCUAUUAGCAAGUGUGUGAAGAAAUUAUAUUGAUGUUUGAAGUAAAACUGACAAAUAUAAAUGAGAUUAAACUAGCAGGUGUUUGUCAUUUACUCAUACCUUUCCUGGAGAAGCCCAGCAGGCCAGGAAAACGCUGAACUGGGAGAAUUUUUCACACGACUCAUUCACAUUACUUAAACAUUUAAACAUGCUGUAAAGACUAAACACAAUGAAUCUGUUCAAAGUUGAUGUUUUUGUAACUGGGCGUGUGUUUAAUAUAACUGUAAUAUUAAUUGUUAAUCUUAAGAGUGUUUUUUUUCUGGAAUCUGUGCUGCCCUGACCAACUUUUGUCACUUUGUAUCGGUUGUUGAUUCUAACUUUGGAUCAAAGGGUUUCAGAUGAACUGUUUGUUUUUGCAAGGCUACAAUAAAACAUGUAUUCAAA